AGAUUGGCUGAGAUUGAUUGGCUUGACACAUGAAAUACAAACGACCAUGAAAUCCUAUUUAGUUUGAAAUUAUGGGCAAACUCGAAUAUGUCCAGGUUACUACAGAUGCACUACACCACUAACUAUAUGCCCCCGUCGACCUGUCUGAGCACUUCUUCUUCAGGACGCAUCUGUGUCUGUGAAAGUAAUUUAACACACUGUCGCACAGUGAACUGACGAGCGCGAGGAGGAGGGAUCUGUCAUCUUCACGGUCUCAGGCAGCAUGUUGACCGGCUCCUAUCGUGCCACUGUAGAGAGAGAAAUGGCGAGAGCCAGUGUCAAAAUUCGAGAACAUCUAUCUUUGGAUGCAGAGUAACCUGAUGUUUCACAGCUGUAAAUAGUUUUGGAGUCUUGGUUCAUUGUAUUCAGUCUACAGGGCACGCGCUACACUUUGGCGGUGGUGACAGUUAAUCUAUCUGAGCUGGGUUCUCGGCCAGUGCAAUCUAAGGAAUUAAUCGUUAUACAGGACUAUAUACCUGCAACUUGUUCCCAGAACGGUGGAGCCUGACUCCCGUUGGAUGUAACGUUGAGCGGAGUGACGCGGGUCUGUGUGCGGACAAAUAGAGCGGUGGCGGACCAAACGCACAACGUCCAAUUCAAUCUCCCUUCCCGUGUCCCUGUGCUCGGCCCGACUCAUAACGGAGAUGUUGCUCCUCGGAAUACUGCUCAACAUCUUCAUACGAGGUAAAAUGAAAGAAGGUGUGGUCCCCUCCUUGUCGCCCCUCCCCCUUGGCUUUGUAGACUGUGUGGAGGCAGAGCGGGGGUGUAAGGAAGACCCCCGGUGUAAGGAGCUGUACAUGACCCUGGAGUACUGUGCAUCCGAGGAGGCGGUGGCGCCGCUGGGGAACAAGGCCAGCAUAGAGUGCCUGGAGGCCCUGAGCAGCCUGCACUACCUCCCUCUGUUGGCCUGCAAGUGUCAGCGCGGCGCACGCAGAGAGGAGCACUGCCUCAAAGUCUACUGGAGCAUCAGGAUCCUGCAGGGUUAUGAUGACUUUGAGGGGUCUCCCUAUGAGGACUCGCCGCUGGAGUCUUCUCGAAUGUCCUCCUUAGUGGCAGCAGCCUCCUCUCUUCUUCUAGAUGGACAGAACGUAUGUCUGAAGGCAGCCCAGGACUGUGGUCUGUAUGAGAAAUGUGGCUCCCUGAGGUCUGAGUACGUCCUGGCCUGCACCAAGCAUGCCCCAGGCUCGGACCACUGCAACAGGCAGAAGUGCCACCGGGCGCUGCGGCGCUUCCUGGAGCGCGUUCCGGAGGAGUACAGCCUGGGGUUGCUGUUCUGCCCCUGUACUGACAAACUGUGUGGGGAGAGACGCAGGAAGACCAUUGUCCCUUCCUGUUCCUACCAGGAGAGAGACUGGAUACAGCCCAACUGUCUGCUUCUGCAGAGCUUCUGCAGGAGGGACCAACUCUGCAGGUCCAGACUGGCUGAUUUCCAGCAUAACUGCCAGCCCUCUGGCCAUUCCCCUUCUGGCUGUCUCAGAGAGAGUGGAGCUGUGUGCCUCAAAUCCUACGCCGGGCUGAUCGGCACCAUCAUGACCCCCAACUACGUCAGCAACAGCACUGUGGAUGUGAACUUGUGGUGCAACUGCGAGGGCAGUGGCAACCAAUGGCAGGACUGCCUGAGGAUUCAGCACAUGUUCACCAACAACGCCUGUCUGGAGAACUCCAUCAGUACCAUGGGUAGCUCCCCCCCUCGGCCAGUAGAGAGCACUUUCCCCCCGCCCUCUCGCCCCUCCCCCUUGGACCAGCAGAAUGAGUUCAGCAACCACGCCGAGGAUGAGCUCAGCAACAACGCUGUGGAGCAGAGUGAGGAAGAGGAGGAUGUGGAGGAGGAGGGUCAGUUUGACGUGAUCCCUCUCUAUGCUGAGAAGGCCACGGUGUCCAACCUGGGUUCUGGGGGUGGGGGGGUGUCCCCCCGUCUUUCCAUGGGCCCCCCUCCUUCCCUGCUGCUGCUCCUUCUGCUACUGUCUGCCUCUCUGAGCUGGGGGUAAGAGGGGGGGGACCCCCUUCACACAGACAAGAGCCCCCACACAGACACAGAGACUCAAAGAAAGGCACAGAGAGAGAGAGAGAGAAAGAGAGAGAGCGAGAGAGAGAGAGAGAGAGAGAAAGAAAGGACCUUAUGCUUAUUUCUUCUCUCUUCCUUUUGAGACAGUCUUGUACAGUUUUCUUUGUCUUGCUUCACCUCCCACUGUCAGGUGAUAGUUUUGUCCAAUGGAGACUUGUUGUGUAUGACAGACCGGGAUGAACCAACUCCAAAGUGACAGAGAGGGGUUAAACUGAGUGACUUGAUAUAUUAUAUGUAAUUUCCUCUUUUGGUGAAAACAUGUGACAGGUUACUAUGAGUCCGAUGGCGCUUCAGUAUAUCCAAGCUUAACUCUGUCCAUUCAUACCUCUAUCUCCAGUGAUAGAGAAGUGCUUUCAGUAAGUCAUGAAAAAGUAGUCAGUGGUAUGAAGGAAUGAAUGUGCUUAUGUGGCAUCUCUAAACAUGUAGCUUGACAGAGUGUGUGUGUGUGUUCUGUCUGUGCCAGUGUGUGAGCGUUACGCAAAGAGUAGAGGGUUUUUCAGAAUCAUCUCGUCUCCCGCCUCAUACUCAACACCCGUCAGCAGUCACACACACACACACACACACACACACACACACACACACACACACACACACACACACACACACACACACACACACACACACACACACACACACACACACACACACCCUGGCAGCAGAACAUUAGAUCCAGUAGAUGCUUAUGAUUUAUUAGUCUAUCUGUGAUCUGUGUCCCUAUGACUCAGCACAGUCCUGGGAGAAUAACCAGCGGCAUUAACACAAAUAAAACAGUCAUAAAAGAAAAUAAAAAAGACUUUCCAUAAAUGUGAGUAAUAAAGUACAAAAAAAAUCGACUAACUUUUCAACAGGUGCAGACGCCAAUCUGGGGUUGACACUAGCAAAGAAGACGAGGGAUAGAGAGAGAGUUUAUCAUGUGUGGUCUAUUUCCACUUUUUACUUGUUUUAGUUUGAGGGGAGAUAAUAUGGCACGGCAUGAACUCUUUAUCUUAUAGUGGCUCUUGGGGGAAAAAUGUUGUUGAGCGAGCAGUAGAGGGAGAGAAAGAAAGAGUAAACCAGAGAAAGAGAGAGAGAGAGAGAGAGACCCUUGAGCGGAAACAUACCAUAGAGAAUGGCUUGGCCCUCCAUUUCCUCUGUCUUAUAAAUCUUUUGCUGACACUAAUGUUUUUUGUCUCUUGUUCUUUCCUAUUUCUGGGGGACGUAAAAUUAACUUCCAUCCGGAGGGGUUGGAGAUGGUGGUGGACGGAGAGAAGGGCGGGGGGGGGGGAUGGGAGGGGCUGGAUUGGUGGUAGGUCUGCAGUAUGUGUCUUGCAUCACUCUCUCCCGGGCACUAAAAUUGAAUUAGCUUACACACACCAGCUGUCCAACGGCACGUGAGCAACAGACAGUUACACAAAGUGUCUGUCAAUCAGUCAUUCUUUCCGAAAGAAAAGAGGAACACGCUCACCUGAAGAUUUAUCCCUCCAUUCUAUAGAACACGAGCAUCAUUAAUGCCAAGGUCAGCUAGUCGAUCACAGAUCUCGUGCUGGGGUUAAUUGAUAGCAGUGAGGAAAGUAGGCGGGAGAUUGAUGCGCCUGUCAGGCCUGUGUGGGGCCUUUACAAGGCCUGUUGUUAUUUUUUAAUUGUUGUCGCGGCCGUUUGUCGUCCGCUGACACCUCUCCACUGCCAACAGACAGACUGAGAGAGAGAGAGAGAGAGAGAGAGAGAGAAAGGGGAGGAGGAGAGGAUACCAAUCAUUUACAUCAAUAUCUCCGAAAUAAACAAGCCGAGAAGCCAUGCGUUAAAUCAACUGGCAUAGAGAAGGGUAGUGGAAUGGGGAGGGAUUAUUUUACUGUUCUUGUUCGCUCAUAUUACAGCUCUAUCAUAAACACACACACACACUGUCAAACAUUAGUUCAAUGGUGUCUGAUUCCCCUGGACUUGAGCAUUUUAAUCCUUCGUUGGCCUGACACAAGGAUGUUGGCGCCACUGUUGGCUUAGCUAUACCGCCCACUGUGGAGAGACUCAGCCAGCGAGAGAUACAAAACAGCACAAACAGAAAGGCACACAAGGAACUAGAAUGACACACACUACACACGACUCUGUAGGAAACAUGUCCAGGGAGAGAAGACGGGAGGAAAGCAAAGCGGGAGAAAAAAAGAGAGGGAGAGAGAGAGAGAGCGAGAACUGAUAUGACCUGCAGGCUUAUAGCAGAAUAAGUGCUGUAGCUUGGCCUUACUGAUCUAUUUCACACUCUGUAGGUCCUAAAGCAUCAGCACUCUACUGUAGCACAGCCUCAGCCACAGCUCUGCCGCUACAGCCGGACGCACAGUGGAGGACGCGUUCCAUUGGAUUCAUUUAAACAAAUACACAAGGAAACGAAAGCAGGAAAAGGCACAAUUUGAGCCCAAACCUUCCUAAACAGCUCCUAUAGCCCCCACACCGGGAACAUUGGUUGUAUUAAUUCAUACGCUCAAUGGAUGUUUCUGUGUGCUGUGUUUAUGUGUGUGAACAACCAGCUGUGCUGUGCUGUCUACCUGCCUGCCCUGCUAUCACAUUCAUAACCACCGAUCUUUCAUUUAUAGAACUGCUGCACUACGUACUCAUUAAUAUGUCUAUGCCAGAUGUGUGCGUCGUUAUUUAUGCAUAUGCGCAGUAAUUACCGCAAACAAUGUCAUGUUGUAUUGACUGCAUAUCGGCCAUCGGGAUGACUUAGUGUGUGUGUGUGUGUGUUCGUGUGUUGGACAUGGCUGUGGAGCAUAUGGAAGACUCAGAGGAGGCUCAAGGGUUACAACGUUUUCCGGCUGCACCUGUACUUAGCUCUGUCUGUUUGUCACUCUGCGUAACCAUGGCGAUGCCAUAUCUGCCGCUGUUCGCUGUAGCACCAAAUCAUGCUAAAUGGUGUUGAAUAAUGCUCAGAUGUUCAGCCUUUUCUAUCCCAGCACCUUCGGAGGUGAAGCAGUAGGCCGUGCCUCCUGCAGGUAGUCGGCUGAAUAGGCUGAUGGGUAUUCAGGAGGGGAGAGGACGCAUGCUGGGACUGCAAAUGAGACGCAGAACUGUACUGCCUGACUACUCUGCACCGCAACAAUAUCAUGAUGAAACCCUUUCCUCUUUCUUGCUCACGCUCCCGAACGCUGCAACGCUGAGUGGACCGAUCUCCUCUCUGUCGUCAGGCUUGAACCCCCCCCCCCCCCCACUAUCUUCCGUGUGUUGCUCCGGACAGCGGGCAGUCACAGGAAGGACCGUUCAGGAUCACAGAACUGCUCUGCUGGUGUUCACGAUGACAAAACACUGAUGCCAUGAACAUUCUGUUCAUCCCGCUUCCCUUUAAGCAUGCCUGUGUACCACAGGAGAGGGCCAGCUUUGGCCCACUACCCCCCAGAACUGGUUCUGUUCCGACCCCUCCAGGACACACCCCGCCCAGCGUUCUCUUGAUCCGGUAGUGUUCUGUGCUUUCCUCCAUCUGCUGUUCAGAGAGACAGCCACCACCACUGUGUACAUCGGUGAACGUAAUAAAUACAUGAUCUUACAUUUCCUUA